GUGGCCUGCAUGAAUAAAACAAAAUCCAGGGUACGGUUCAAAUCCGCAUCGUUAAAUCUGAGAGGCUGACUUUGUUAUAAUCAAUAAGGUUGUAGUUUUUCUGAAACUUCAACUAUAAUUUUCAAAAACUCUCACUUCGUUGAAUUUUCAGCUCACAACUGCACGCAGCUACAAAAAAUGAAAGGGAUUGUUUCUGCCCUCUCCAAAGCUAAAUGCUUUUUAAAAACUCCUUGGCUUCGUAAUUAUGUCUCGGUAGCCGUAAAUGCAUCGUUGCCAACUUUCCGAGAAGAAAGAACUGUCAUAUUAUGUCCUGGUCAAGGCGCACAAUACGUUGGUAUGUUACAAAAUCUAAGCCCUGCUAUUGAAGAACCUUUGCGCGAAAUGACAUCAGAUAUACUGGGUUAUGAUUUAGUGGAGAUUUGUCAGAAUGGACCAAAGGAAGUUCUAGACAGAACCUUACAUACCCAACCAGCUGUAAUGGUAGCGUCCAUACUUGGGUACUAUAAGCUAAAAAAUAUACUGCGGCAAAAACACGAUGUGAAAGAUUUUAAUGCCGGAUUUGUUAUUGGGAAUAGCGUGGGAGAAGUUUCUGCAUUAUGUAUCGCAAACUGGAUCACCUUUGAAGAUGCAUUGUAUCUUAUAAAAGCAAGAUCGAAAGCCAUGGAAAGAGCUGUAAAUAUUGCAGAGUCUGCAAUGGUUGCUGUGCAUGGACUAGAUUGUGAUGAUGCGAAAGGAAUGUGUGAAGAUAUAACGAAAGGCGCUGUCGACCCAAAGAAGCAUAUUUCGGUAGCAGUUGAGCGAUUCUAUAACAGUGUAUGUUUGGGUGGUUCUAAAGAUUUGGUCCAGAAAGUACUAAACCGAGAACAUUUUUUUCUUAAGGAUCCUGCAAAAGUGGUGGUAUCAAAAGUAUUCGUGAGUGGAGCAUUCCAUACGCCAUACAUGAAUCCUGCGAUAGAAGAGUUUUACGACGCACUUUGCAGCGUAAACAUCACUCCUAACGAUACUACGGUUAUUUCGAACGUUACGGCGGAAAAAUAUACAAACAAAGAUGAUGUUGUGGAAUUAAUGGCACGUCAAAUUGCGGAACCUAUGUUAUGGAAUACGAUAUUAGACAAAAUACGUCAAAAAUACAUGUCAGGUGAUGUCGAAAAUAUAUAUGAAGUAGGAGCCGGUCGACAGUUGAAAAGAAUGUAUGAAAAAUUGGAUCGUGAUUUAUUUGGAAAUGUACAGUCUGUUGACAUGUGACCAACACAAUUUCUUUUCUCUUAAACAAUGUAUUGAGUUAACUUUGAUGUAUUGAGUAUAACUUUUUAACACUACUAUUUUAGAAUCAUCAGUCGAUAUUAGGGAUUAUAUUAUGGUUUGAUGUUAUUAUCUUCAAUAUCCUCUUCAACAGGCUUGUGCACAGCUUCAUUUAGGCCCCCUGCCUUCCGUAGAGUAGGUUGAUUAGUUUAUGUUAACAUACGGACACAAAUGUAAGGAAUAUUGAUGCGGAAAUAAUGAACCGGUGUCGCGAUUCUGAGGACCCGGAAUGGGUGGAUUCUUUUACAUGGACUAAGGACUAGUCUGUAAUAAUUCCCGCAUUUUGUUCAAAAUAGUAGCCGCAUCGCUAUUCAAAAUAGUAGCCGCAUCGCUCAUCAAAAUUACCACUGUCCACGUGUGGCUUGUGAUCCAUACCUCGAAUAUCUCAUAACAAAAUUAAUUUUUUGAUUACUAGGAAACGACUCUGUUUACAGCUGCAAUAUAUACUAAAUGUUAUAAGAUUCUUAUUUCACCGCCAAGUAGAUGUAAACCUUCGUGAAAAAGUGGACGCUAGAUUGAAAACCAGUCCUUAGCUACGAAUCUAAUUUAAGCCACUGUGCAAAGGUUUUGAUCAAAAUAAUAAUUUAUAAUUACUCUUAUUGAAUCUUGAAUAGGCGACGUUUCUUUUUCGAACCAUUAGGUUUUACCAAACUAGUGCUGGACAGCUAUUAUUCUAUAAAUGCGGGAGAUCAAAAAUCAUUAGCCAAUCAGAAACAAGGAUUUUAAUUACCGUAAUCAAUAUUUUCUGGGCCUGUAUAAAAGCAACUGCUUUUUGGAGAGCUGGUAACGAAAUCUAAGAAAGUUGAUACGAAAUGCUGUUUUAUGAGUUUGUCACAUUCUAUACAUGUUGAUUUUUUUUUAACUUCCUAGCGGUUGUUCUAGAUUCUUUGACAAAGAUCUUCUUUUGAUUCUUGUUGAAUAUCUCUCCAGCUGUGGUCCGCAAUUUCGUUUUCACAAUCCGUGACUCAAUACACGCAUUAUUUCCUCUUGUUCUUGUUUUUGCUAAAAUAUGAGCACACACCAUCGCGAUCACGACCACGUUAACAAUAUUACAUUGUUCUUUCAGGUUAACUUUGCCUUUCAAUUUAAACUCAAAAGUAACACGACGCACCAUUUUUGCAUUUUUAAGUUGAAAUAUAUAUAACUUUUGUCUUGCUUUGAAAUUCUACGCAUGAUCCUGCUGGAUCUUGGAGGAAAGAAUCUGUAUUCUUUCCUCCAAGGCUGGACUAGGAGUGGAGGAAAUACUCAUCUGGUGAUCUCUUCUUAUUUUUAUAUUGUCUUUGAAUUGAAUCCUCUCUUUUUGCAAUCAAUCCAUUCUUCAAAUGCCCGUUCCUUCUUUUUUUUGUCACUAACUACGCCAUUGGCAUGUCAAUAAUGAAGAAAUGAGAUUUUUUGUUUAGUACCGUUCUUGUGUUUGAAGAGCUUAUAUAAGAAAGAGAUCUGUCGUCUUUUUCAAAGUUCAAUAGCAUAUUUGAUUUAUCGGUAGAUGCCGUUGAAAGUGUUCAUGGAAUUUAUCCACAUGUAACGUUUAUUUCUUAGCGGUUAUUUCUUUCUUCUAACGUGCACGCGAAUAGGGUGUAAUUUAAAGACGGAUGACUCCGUGGAUAUUUUCACGGGUUAACGACUAGUCCAUAUUAUAAAAACGGUAUUUGUUUUUCUGUCCUGUCUGCAUAAGACCAACCAAAAAAAAGGUAGAAGCCCUGGGUACGAGGUUGACAUAAGACACAAUCAGCAUAAAUAUUAUAAAAAGUUUACAGCAGACUGCCUCUAACUUAAGUUUUUAUUUCUCGAACCUCUUUUUGACUUUCUGACAGGGGUAAAAUUUCAUCUCUGUAGCUACCUUAAGGAACUCCUUAUAACUAACUCCCUCUAUUAUAACAAAAACAAUAUAUCAUGAACAUCAUGACAUGUGUCUAAAGCUUUGCAUGAUUCCGACACUAAACGAACAACACAACGGCCCUAUUCAAAAUUUGCCCCCAUUUUAAAUUUAGUUCGCGAUAAGGGAU